AUGGCGCAAAAUCGGCAUUGGGAGCAGGACAAAGAGGCAACCGUCUACAUCGGCAACAUCGACGAGCGCGCCUCGACCGCCAUGGUCUACGAAAUCAUGCUCCAGAUGGGCCCCAUCCACAACAUCCACAUGCCGCGCGACCGCGUCACCCAGAACCACCAGGGCUUCGGCUUCGUCGAGUUCCGUGGGCCCCAGGACGCCGAGUACGCCGCCUCGGUCAUGAACGCCAUCAAGCUCUUUGGCAAGCCACUGCGCGUCAACAAGGCCAGCGCCGACAAGCAAAAGGGCACCGAUGUCGGCGCCGAGCUCUUCGUCGGCAACCUCGACCACAUGGUUGACGAGAAGCUACUUUACGAUACCUUCAGCCGCUUCGGGCCCCUGCUCAGCCUGCCAAAAGUGGCUCGCGACGACAGCGGCAACAGCAAGGGCUUUGGUUUCGUCAGCUUCGCAGACUUUGACAGCAGCGACACCGCCAUCGCCAACAUCAACGGCCAGUACAUUCUCAGCAAGGAGGUUUCGGUGCAGUACGCCUUCAAGAAGGAUGGCCGCGGCGAGCGUCACGGCGACGAGGCUGAGCGCCAACUGGCUGCUCAGGCAAAGAUGCGUAACAUUGUCCCCGAGGCACCCGCCUCGACAAAGCCUGCGCCUCCGGGCUUCGAUCCUUCCGCCGUGCCCGUGAGCAUGCCGCCAGCCGGCGUACCUCCCCACGGCAUGCCCAACAACUUCGCGCCGCCCUCCCACCGUGGCCCUCCUGUCUACAACGUCCCUCUCCCCCCCGCGCCGACAGGCUUGCCCGCACGCCCCCCCCAGAGCCAGGGCUUUCCCGGCGGCCCGCCGCCGCCCGGCUUCCCUCCUCCGCCAAACUUUCCUCGUCGUUAG